GGCGAAAGUUGAAACAUAAAAAAUCUGUUGCGGAACCAGCAAAACGACAAAGCUCUUGACGCUUUACUGACGCGUGGAAGCCAACUCCCUCUCCUAAAAGUUGAGCUUGUACGCUAAGGUCCCUCCUUCCUCAGUCAGUCCUCCCUCGUCUUCUUGUUCAGUUUGCUUCUAAACUAAGAAAAGGCAACGGUUGUGGACUCGAUUUUCCAAACCAUAAUUCUGUAAUCUACUCUUAAAAUUCUUAAUUUCUCGUUAUUUUCUAUUACUUGUAAUUUGCAAUGUCUCUCUAAAGUCUAAAAAGAAGGAAAAAAGGUCUCUGUGCUGGAUCUUUGACUACGUCCAUGGAAGAAUCUCACAGCAACCUCCCUACUAGCCAUUUACUGGGCUCUGUUCCUGCUGUGGUCAGUGAAGAAAAAAGUACCAUCACCUAUGGAGUCCCUGAAGCAAAUAUGCUAACAUUCCCAUCAAAUAAUAAUGGAGGAGGUAGCAGCCGGGGUUAUCAAACUCUUGGAAGUCCACCGGAAGGAUUUGAGCAACAACCACCUAACAAUUGGAAAGGGGUAUUCAGUGUGUCAUCAUACACGCAGUAUUUCAAUGUGGAUACAGACGUUGUCAUAAACAGAAUGAUGAGCUCUUUUUAUCCGGUUGGUGGGGAUUUUUUCAGCAAGAUUGAUGCGAACCCUUAUCUGUGA